AUGUCUGGACGCGGCAAAGGAGGUAAAGGGCUUGGAAAAGGGGGCGCCAAGCGCCAUCGAAAGAUUCUGCGAGACAACAUCCAGGGAAUCACCAAGCCAGCAAUCCGACGUCUGGCUCGCCGCGGUGGUGUCAAGCGUAUUUCCGGGCUUAUUUACGAAGAGACCCGCGGAGUCCUCAAAGUCUUCCUGGAAAACGUUAUCCGUGAUGCUGUGACUUACACCGAACACGCCAAACGGAAGACCGUUACCGCAAUGGAUGUGGUCUACGCCCUUAAACGCCAAGGCCGUACCCUAUACGGUUUUGGCGGGUAG